UAUAUUUGGUCUGUCACGGGCUAUAAAUAGGAAGUAGUGAACUUUGAAACACCAUCUCAUAAAUCAAUACAGAUUCAUUUUACUUAGAGAAUGAAACCUGCUCUUGCUUUGCUUCCUUUCCUCUUCCUUUUCUUGUUUGUUGUUACUACAGAAUCAAGAAAAGAUCUAAAAGAAUAUUGGCAAACUGUUAUGAAAGAUGAAGAGAUGCCAGAAGGAAUUAAAGGGCUUCUUCAACUCAAAUCUGAGACCGAGCCUUUAAAGAACUCCAAGGUGCAAGAACAACUUGUCAAAGGUAAAUGUGAUCAGCAUCUCGUAACAAACACAUUAGAUGUCAAAGAAAAAAAAGUGGUCACCGGAGAAUUUGAACCGAGACCAAGUGCUACAAAGUAUGAUGGUAACGGAGGAUAUAAAAAUAUGAAACUAUCGGUGAACGGUGAGUUUGAACCCAUACCAAGUGUUACAAAAUAUGAUGGUGACGAGGGUUAUAAGAAUAUGAAACCAUCGGUGAACGGUGAGUUUAAACCCAUUCCAAGUGUUACAAAGUAUGAUGGUGAUGAGGGUUAUAAGAAUAUAAAAUUACCGGUAAAUGGUGAGUUUGAGCCUAUACCAAGUGUUACAAAGUAUGAUGGUGAUGAGAGUUAUAAAAAUAUGAAACUAUCGGUAAACAGUGAAUUUGAACCUAUACCAAGUGUAACAAAGUAUGAUGGUGAUGAGAGCUACAAAAAUAUGAAACUACCGGUGAAUGGUGAGUUUGAGCCAAUACCAAGUGUUACAAAGUAUGAUGGUAGUUAUAAGAAUACGAAACUACCGGUGAAUGGUGAGUUUGAGCCCAUACCAAGUGUUACAAGAUAUGACGGAAAUGAUGGUUAUAAAAGUAUGAAAUUACCCGUGAAUGAUGAGUUUGAACCAAGACCAAGUGCUACAAAAUAUGAUGGUGACGAGGGUUAUAAAACUAUGAAGGUGAACGUGAAUGAUGAGUUUGAACCUAGGCCAAGUGCUACAAAGUAUGAUGGAGAUGAGGGUUAUAAGAAUAUAAAAUUGCAGGUGAACGGUGAGUUUGAGCCCAUACCAAGUGUUACAAGAUAUGACGGAGAUGAUGGUUAUAAAAAUAUAAAAUUACCUAUGAAUAAUGAGUUUGAACCAAGACCAAGUGCUACAAAAUAUGAUGGUGACGAGGGUUAUAAAACUAUGAAGGUGAACGUGAAUGAUGAGUUUGAACCCAGGCCAAGUGCUACCAAGUAUAAUGAUUGAAUAAAAAUAAGAAUAUGUCAUGUCUUAAAAGAAAAUUGUGUGCUAUAAGUUUAAGCAAAUGAUAAUCCUGAUUUGAUGUAUUCUAGUCUUUGAAUAAUAUAUAAAAAUAAAAAAUUUGAGCUGUUUAGAAUUAUUCUAGUGUCUUUACCCAGGCAACGCACUAAUUAUUUUAUAAUAUUAUUUAGUGGAAUUUUUCUUAACAUUUGGGUCUUUUAGUUUAUUAUUCAGUAUUAUUGUUAUAUAUGUAGUGUUUUGAAACAUUCGAAGGUAUUAAAAAAUCACUACUACAAAAAGUACCUUUCGUAACGCCAC